AUGAAACUCGAGGAGCACGGCUUCGCGAUCGAAGAUGCAACCCGAGCGAUAGAGAUCGACCCCGGCUACGUCAAAGCAUACUACAGACGGGCCUUAUGUCAGCUCGCUGUGCUUAGACCUCAGUUUGCCAUCCCUGACUUCAAAAAAUGUCUCGCUCUUGAUCCCCAUAACAAGCUUGCCAAGACCCAGCUUGAUGCAACGACAAAGCUAUUAAAGCGAAUGCAGUUUGAGGCUGCCAUAACUGUCGGCGAGGAGAAAUCUGCCGUUGACCGUUGUCGAGAAAUUAUCGCAGAUGGAGGCUGUGAUCAUACAGAACCAUCAUACAGUGGGCCGUUGUUGCCGAUUAUCACCCCAGCAACCAAAGGGUCGCAACCCAAAUACGGAAUCAAUAAAGAAUUUGUGGAAGGCAUGCUUAAAUGGUUCAAGGAAGGGAAGACAUUACCAAGGCGGUUCGUUUGGGAGAUCGUCCUGAACACAUACGAUAUUUUGGUGAAAGAAGAGAGUCUAAUCGAUAUACCAUUGGAGGAGGGAGUGAUUUGUGAUGUUAUAGGCGACACUCACGGUGCGCUGACUGGUCUGCCCAGCGAGUCGCAUUGCUUGCUGUUUAAUGGUGACUUCGUAGACCGAGGCUCAUGGUCGGUGGAAGUUGUGACAACAUUAUUUGCCUACAAAUGGCUGUAUCCGAAUCGGGUUGGGCUGAAUAGGGGCAAUCACGAAACAAAGGAUAUGAACAAAGUGUAUGGCUUUGAAGGGGAAGUGCGGCACAAGCAUGGAGAGCAAACUUACAAAGUUAGGCUGAUGGUACUUGCCUUAGUGCCUCUUGCAACUAUGGUGUCACCAAGGCUACCGCCGAAAACCAGCCAUGACGCAGCACACGGAUCGCCAAUCCUAUCACCCGAAGGUCGGAAGCGAUUCUUCGUCGUCCAUGGCGGUUUGUUUUCCAAAGAUGGCAUUACCUUAGAUGAGGUUCGUAAAAUUGACCGGCUCGGAAAGCAACCCGGAAAUGAGGGGUUGAUGUGCGAACUUUUGUGGACUGACCCUCAAGAAACCAAUGGGCGGGGCCCUUCAAAACGGGGUGUUGGCUUAGGGUUCGGUCCCGACAUAACAAAAGCAUGGUGUGAACUUAACAGCGUCACCGGGGUAAUACGCAGCCACGAAGUCAGACAGGGGGGCUAUGCCAUAGAACAUGGAGGGCUUUGCAUCACCGUGUUCAGCGCUCCAAACUAUGUCGAUCAAGGGCAGAACCUUGGCGCAUACCUACGGAUUGAUGCAGCCGGUGAGCGAUCUUAUCAUACUUUCAAAGCCAGUCCACACCCGCCAUUGCGUCCGAUGGCGUACAGCAAUCCUGGGCUUGCAAUGUUCGGUUGA